AAUGAAAAAAAAAAAGAGAGAGAAAAACGUCUGAUUAUAGAAAGAGAAAGAGAGACACAUCUCUGCAUUUUUAUUGGAUUUUUCGAAGAACCAGAAAAGUUGAACUAUAGAGGAGAGAGAGAAAGAGAGAGAGACGUCUGAUAUUAUCACUUCUUCACUCUCAUUACCAUGAGAAAGUGAGAAACGUUUGUGCUUUGUUCUACCUUUCUUGAUUUGAGGUGGUCGGGUGCGUAGGAUAAGCAGUGGGUGCGCAGGAUAACAAUACCCCUGCAGCUUUGUGGAGGUGACUGAGACGACAGAGUGCGCGGUGCUGAGCUUUAAACUGCGCCGGGAAGUUGCAUAGUGCCAUUGAAGCCCGCUUCUUCAGUGCCUUAGUUUCUUAGUAGAGCUUGAGGGAGUGUUUAAUGGUGGGUGCUGCGCAUUUUAGCGGUGGGCAGUGGUGGAGGAGGAAUGCAGUGGGAAUAUCUUUGUUCUUGCUGUAUUUCUGCGGUGGUUUGAUCUCUCUAUCUUGCGCCGGCCGGCCGCCGGCGGCCUCCCGGCAGGAGCUUCAGGUUCAUAAGCACCUCAAGAGACUAAACAAAGCUCCUGUCAAAAGCAUUCAGAGCCCAGAUGGAGACAUCAUUGACUGUGUACACAUCUCCAAACAGCCAGCUUUUGAUCAUCCAUUCCUUAAAGACCACAAAAUCCAGAUGAGGCCAAACUACCACCCAGAAGGGCUGUUUGAUGUGGAGAAAGAGUCUGUGGGGACUAAAGAAAGAACAAACCCCAUCAAUCAGUUGUGGCAUAUGAAUGGGAAGUGCCCUGAGGACACCAUUCCUGUGAGGAGAACAAAGAGAGAGGAUGUGUUGAGGGCAAGCUCUGUGAAGAAGUAUGGGAAGAAGAAGCAUAGGAGCAUUGCUAAGCCCCGGGGCACAGAUCCUGACCUUGUCAAUGAAAGUGGGCAUCAGCACGCAAUAGCUUAUGUUGAGGGCGAGAGGUACUAUGGAGCAAAGGCCACGAUCAACGUUUGGGAGCCCAAAAUACAGCGCACAAAUGAGUUCAGCUUGUCCCAAAUCUGGAUACUAGGUGGUUCUUUUGGCCAAGAUCUUAACAGCAUUGAAGCCGGAUGGCAGGUCAGCCCGGACCUGUAUGGUGACAACAACACUCGGCUGUUCACUUACUGGACCAGCGAUGCAUAUCAGGCCACGGGCUGCUACAAUUUGCUGUGCUCGGGCUUCAUUCAAGUCAACAGUGAAAUCGCGAUGGGGGCAAGCAUCUCUCCCGUGUCUGCCUACAGAAAUUCACAGUACGAUAUCAGUAUUCUUAUCUGGAAGGAUCCGAAAGAAGGGAACUGGUGGAUGCAGUUUGGGAACGAUUACGUUCUUGGGUACUGGCCCUCGUUCUUGUUCUCGUACUUGGGAGACAGUGCUUCGAUGAUAGAGUGGGGCGGGGAGGUGGUGAACUCGCAGCCAGACGGGAGGCACACCAACACGCAAAUGGGGAGUGGGCAUUUCCCCGAGGAAGGGUUCGGGAAGGCGGGUUACUUUAGGAACAUCCAAGUAGUUGACAGCUCAAACAACCUUAAAUCCCCCAAAGGGCUUGGCACCUUCACAGAGGAGUCUAACUGCUAUGAUGUCCAGACAGGCAGCAAUGGGGAUUGGGGCCAUUACUUCUACUUUGGAGGCCCUGGGAGGAACUCUAAUUGCCCAUGAAAAGGUGACACAAAAAGUACAGAAAUAUCCCCAUCUCAACCAAUCUGUACCAUUCACUCUAGUCUAGCUAAUACCCUUUUCUCUUUUGGCUUGAGAUUUAGUGGUUAAUGUGAACAUGUUCUUCUCCCUCGAGUAGUGAUUGCGGGUUUUCCUCGUCACUCGGGAGAAGAGAGUGAACAUGUUCUGUAGUGUGUGUGUGUGUGAAGUUUUGACCUUUCUGCUUCUUUUGUGCUUUGAAAGGUUUAAUUUGCCAUGUUUCUUGAAAGCUCAAAGAAAGUGGCAAAAGUCUUUUUUUUUUUUUUUUUUUUUUUUUUUUUUUUUUUUUUGGGUUGUAAAAAGUACUCCAUUCUUGGGAGUAUUUUGUUUACUAUAAUGGAUGGAAGAAGAUGCCCUUUGGUGUAUGUAAAGUUGUGGUGCAUAUUGUAGCUGCCUUUCAAAUCA